AUGAGUCAAGAAGAUUCAGCCAGAGAAACCCCCAAGAAGUCCAACGGAUCGUACGUGCAAGUUCCCAGCUCUCUGCCUAUUAAUAUCAAAUCAUCUCCAAGUAGUUCCAAUUUUAUACCUCCAAGUAUGACAACAAAACCUUUGACACCGUCUUCCAAAGAAGAGGAGUUGGAGAAAAAGAGAAACUCAAUCAGAAAUCACCAAAACUUCCCCAUGAUCAGGAAAAAGUUUUAUUAUUUGAACGAAAGCGAUAUUUUCAAAGGUUUUAUCAAAGGAAAAGGUAACCUAAGAGAUAUAAGUCAAUGGUUGAGCGAUAAUUAUGAUAAAUCAGCGAUUGUAUCAAAGAUUGAGAAGGAAAAGGAAGAAAACUUGUUGAAGGAAAAGAAAAGACAAGAAGAAUUGAAUAAAGAAAGAUUAGCCAAACAAAUGGAAGAUUUAGCUCGACAUCAAGAAUUACAACGAGAAGAAGAAGAAAAUCGUAAAAAUAAUGCUUUAAAUGAAAGGCAAGCGGAAAAACCAAGCCAAGAUGAAGAUGAUGAAGACUCCUCUCCAAUAAAAUCAAGAGGGAAAGCCAGAUUGAAGGCCGAUUCUGCAUCUCCUCGUAAACCAAUGAGAUUAUCUUCAUUAAAUGAUAAAUCAACCAGAGUUAAUUUAGGUAAACCUAAAAUGUCUAUUUUGGAAAAGUAUAAACAUAAACCUAAACAACAAUUAUCGAUUGAUCAAGUCUUUAAGAAACAAGAUGAAAAAACUGAAGAAUCUCAACCUAAAAGAAGAAGAUUGGUUCGUGGUAAUGAUUCAACUUCGGCUACUCCAGAUCCUGAGAUAUCGAAAAAUUUAAGUGAAAAAUUCAAGUUCAAAGAUCCUGAAUUACCUAAAUUUAACUACGAUAAUAAUAAGACUAAUUUCAAAAAGAUGAAAUCUGAAGAUUCUGAUAAUGAUAUUGUUGCAGAUGACGAUCUCGAUAGAAUCGAAGAGAAAAUUAAACAGAAUAAAAGAAAGGCAAAAGCGGAAAAAGUUCAUGUUAUUAGCGAUGAUGACUUAGAAGACGAUGACGCUGAGGACGAUAGUAUGUCUGAAGAAGAUGAAGAAGUUUACAACACCGGAAUUACUUCAAUUGAUUCCCAAAUUUUAGAAUUCUUAAAUAAUGCUUCAACUCAAGAUAUAGUUGAAAUUAGUAAUAUAGCGCCAAAAAUUGCUGAUGCUUUAAUAUCUCACAGACCUUUUAAUACGAUUUAUGAGAUUUCAGAGAAUAAUUUCGAAACUGAAGAAACCCCUGAAGCGGAAUCUAAUACAAAGAAAAGAAAAACUUUACGUAAGGCCUUAGGGUUGAAAAUUGUUGAAAAUACAGAAUUCAGUCUUAAAGGUUAUAAAGCUGUUGAUUCGUUAGUUAAAAAGUGUUCUGAAUAUGGUGAUCUUAUUAAAGAACAAAUGUCUAAAUGGGGAGUGACUGUUACUGGUGAAGGUGAAUUAGAGAUGACUGAUCUUGAAGUGAUAAGUAAUAAAAAGGGAUUAAAAUACAUUACUAAACCAGCAUUACUUGAUCCAUCUGUUGAUUUAAAAAAUUAUCAAUUAGUUGGUGUUAAUUGGCUUAAUUUAUUAUAUCAAAAUAAAUUAUCGUGUAUUUUAGCAGAUGAAAUGGGUUUAGGAAAAACUUGUCAAGUUAUAUCCUUCAUGGCUCAUUUAAAGUCAUUGGAAACUAAGGGACCUCACUUAGUUGUGGUUCCAUCAUCGACUUUGGAAAAUUGGUUAAGAGAAUUUCAAAAAUUUUGUCCAGAAUUCGCAGUUCAAGCAUAUUAUGGAUCUCAAAAGGAAAGAGAAGAACUUAGAUAUGAUUUACAAGAUGCCGAAUUUGAUGUGAUGGUAACUACUUAUAAUUUAGCCACUGGUUCAGCUCCUGAUUUUAAAUUUUUGAGAAAUCAAAAUUUUGAUAUGAUUGUUUAUGAUGAAGGUCAUAUGUUGAAAAAUUCUAAUUCUGAGAGAUAUACGAAGUUAAUGAGAUUAAAAGCUAAUUUUAGAUUGUUAUUAACUGGUACUCCAUUACAAAAUAACUUAAAAGAAUUAGUAUCAUUAUUAGCAUUCAUGUUACCGGAUUUAUUCAAUGAUAAAAGAGAAGAUUUACAAGGUUUAUUCAAACAAAAGGUAUCUAUUGAUUCAGAAUAUAACCCAUUAUUAUCUAUCCAAGCCAUUUCAAAAGCCAAAACCAUGAUGACGCCUUUCGUUUUAAGACGUAAGAAGGUUCAAGUUUUGAAACAUUUACCAGCCAAAACUCAUGAAGUGGUUUACUGUGAACUAACUAAAUCCCAACAGGAGAUUUACGAUAAAUAUUUGAAUCAAGGUAAAGCUACAAGAAUUGAAAGAGAGAGAAGAAAACAAUUAGUAGGGAAAGAAGCAGAAGAAGCACGUAAAGUUGCUAUUCCAACCUCUUCAAAUGUCAUGAUGUCUUUAAGAAAAGCAUCAAUGCAUCCAUUAUUAUUUAGACUAAUUUAUACUGAUGCAAAAUUGGCUAAAAUGUCCAAGUUAAUCAUGGAAGAACCUGAAUACGUCGAGGCAAAUCAACAGUACAUUUUAGAAGAUAUGAGUGUUAUGUCAGAUUAUGAAUUAAAUAACUUGUGUGAAAAGUUCCCUAAAACUUUAGGAAAGUAUAUUUUAAAAGAUUCUGAAUUCCUAAACAGUGGGAAAAUUAGUAAGUUUAUUGAAAUCAUCAAUCAAGCCAUUGAAAAAAAAGAAAAAGUAUUGGUAUUCUCAUUAUUUACUCAAAUGCUUGAUAUUUUGGAGAAAAUCUUCAGCAUUCAUCAAAUCAAAUUCUUAAGGCUAGAUGGACAAACCACUGUUGAUACCAGACAAGAUUUAAUCGAUACUUUUUAUGACGAUAAGACAAUCCCAGUGUUUUUAUUAAGUACCAAGGCCGGUGGUUUCGGUAUCAAUUUAGUGGCUGCAAAUAAUGUCAUCAUGUACGAUCAGUCUUAUAACCCCCAUGAUGACAAACAAGCCGAAGAUAGAGCUCAUAGAGUUGGUCAAACCCAAGAAGUUAAAGUGAAUAAAUUAAUUACGAAAAAUACCAUCGAGGAAAAUAUGCUACAAUUAGCAGAAAACAAACUAGAGUUGGAUCAAAGUAUUAGUGGGAGCGACGUCAGUGAAAGCAAGUUCGAAGAGAAAGCUGCCUCCAUGUUUGAAAAGAUUCUCUUUGGUAAUUGA